CUUCUUCAUAUAUACUUCUUCCCCAGUGACGAAACAAUCUCAAAAAACACUCUGUCACCCACCACCUCUGGCCUCUGCUUUCCGCCAUUAAAACAGAGCUUCAAUUUUCUCUAUUCAGGAGAAGGACGAUGAUGAUUGCUGAAAAUGGCUACCCUCGACUCCACGCUCUGAAUAUCUCUAAGGAUCCCCUCGACGAUGAUGGUCGCCCCAAGCGCACUGGAACUAUGUGGACGGCGAGUGCCCACAUAAUAACUGCGGUGAUAGGUUCGGGAGUGUUGUCACUAGCAUGGGCAAUGGCUCAAUUGGGAUGGAUCGCUGGCCCGGUGGUUAUGAUUCUCUUCUCCUUUGUCACUUACUACACUUCGACCUUGCUCGCUUCCUGUUACCGUACCGGUGAUCCUGUCACCGGCAAGCGGAAUUACACCUACAUGGAUGCUGUCAAAUCAAGCCUUGGCGGGCAAAUGUUCAAGAUUUGCGGAACCGUUCAGUAUGUAAAUCUUUUCGGGAUCGCGAUUGGGUACACCAUAGCAUCAGCCAUCAGUAUGAUGGCAGUUAAAAGGUCCAAUUGUCACCACAAAAAUGGACUCACUGGUUCUUGUAAGGUGAACUCAAAUCCAUUCAUGGUAGCAUUUGGUGUAGCAGAGAUUCUCCUCUCCCAAAUCCCAGAUUUCGAUCAGCUGUGGUGGCUCUCCACCGUCGCCGCCGUCAUGUCCUUCACUUAUUCCUCCGCCGGCCUCGGCCUCGGCAUCGCCAAAGUCGCUGAAAACAAACAGAUCCUCGGAUCCUCCACCGGAAUCACAGUCGGGCUCGUCACCGAAAUCGAGAAGCUCUGGAGGACUUUUCAGGCCCUCGGCAACAUUGCUUUCGCUUACUCUUACGCCAUAAUCCUCAUCGAAAUCCAGGACACGGUGAAGUCUCCACCAUCCGAGGUCAAGUCGAUGAAGAAAGCAACUCUUGUGAGCGUCACCACCACAAGCGUAUUCUACAUUCUCUGCGGCUGCUUCGGCUACGCGGCAUUCGGCGACUCUGCCCCUGGAAACCUGCUAACCGGAAAAGGGUUCUACGAACCCUAUUGGCUCGUCGACAUUGCAAAUGUUGCAGUAGUAGUCCACUUGGUUGGCGCAUACCAAGUCUUCUGCCAACCCAUCUUCGCGUUCGUCGAGCAAUACUACGCGAAGCGAUACCCAGCGAGCUACUUCAUCAACAGGGAGUUCAAGCUCUCGCUCCCGGGCAACCGUAGCUACAAUGUGAACCUCUUCAGGUUGGUCUGGAGGACGGGGUACGUGAUCCUGACGACGCUAAUUUCGAUGAUUCUGCCGUUCUUUAACGAUGUCGUAGGGUUAUUGGGAGCAGUUGGUUACUGGCCGUUGUCGGUUUACUUCCCGAUCGAGAUGUACAUUGCUAAUAAGGGGAUUCCGAAAUGGAGCACCAGGUGGGUUUGCUUGGAAGUGUUGAGCAUGGGUUGCUUGAUUGUAGCUGUGGUGGCGGCGGUUGGGUCGGUUGUUGGGAUAAUUGGGGAUCUCAAUUCUGUCAAGCCGUUUCAUGCCAAUUACUGAAUUUCAAAGAGUGAGUGGGGAGGAAUUGAAGAUUGUGAAAGGAGAAAAUGUAAGAAUGUUUAGGUUUAGCUAGCUUGGUCUUUCUCUGUUCAUGUGAUCAAAUGGGGGUCGAUAAAGACUCGAUUUUUAUCUUCGUUUGCUUUCUCUGUCUCUCUAUGAAUGUGAGCGUGUUAGGUGAUGUUGGAGCUUGGUUGAGACUGGUUACAAGCUAUAGGUAUGUUUAUGCUAUAGUUGUCUAUUGUUAAUGUUCUAAUGUGAUGGAUUUCGAAUAGAGGAAAUGUAGUUGUGACCUUGUUUGUGGUAAAUUUAUUGUAUGUUAGAGGACAUAAUAGUACCAUUCGAAUGAAUUGGG